CGGAGGGAGGCGCCCGGAGCCGGGGCUGUGGUCAGGUUCACCGCCUCGCCCUUCACUCCCAAAAAACCCUUUCACGAGCUUUCGGAGCUGCUUCCUGGCCCAGGGCGCCUGCACGGCCCUCCUGCGGCGGAGUCUGGCGCUGGCGGCCGCUGCCGAGGUGGCCGAAGCUCAGCCCGCGCCCUGGCUGUGGUGCCGCGCCCCACUGCGGCCCUUUGAGAAGCUUUGAACUUCCGGGGUGACGCCCGGUAUGCUGUGGAGUGGAUUCGGUGGCCCCCGGUAUGCUGUGGAGUCAUUUCCCUGCUUGGGCACGGACCUUUAAACUUUGUUUUUUAAACUUCGGGGGUGUGGCCGCUGCUCCUCCUCUCUCUGCCACUGGUGGCUCUCUGGCCAUCCGGCCCUUCCCUCCCUCCACCCCGCCUUCCAGAUGCUCUGGAGUCAUGAGCCUGGAGGGCUCAGGGACCCGUCUGGUGGCCGAGGUGAUCAAAGAUCGCCUUUGUUUUGCCAUUCUCUGCAGCAGACCAAAGAGUUCAUCAAAUGUACAUUAUUUCACCAUAGAUAAUGAACUUGAAUAUGAGAACUUCUACGCAGAUUUUGGACCACUCAAUCUGGCAAUGCUUUACAGAUAUUGUUGCAAGAUAAAUAAGAAAUUAAAGUCCAUCCCAAUGUUAAGGAAGAAAAUUGUUCAUUUUACUGGCCCUGAUCAGAGAAAACAAGCAAAUGCUGCUUUCCUUAUUGGAUGCUACAUGGUUAUAUAUUUGGGGAAAACUCCAGAAGAAGCAUAUUCAAUAUUAAUGUUCGGCAAUACAACCUACAUUCCUUUCAGAGAUGCUGCCUAUGGGAGCUGCAAUUUCUUCAUUACCCUUCUGGACUGUUUUCACGCGGUGAAGAAGGCAAUGCAGUAUGGCUUCUUUAAUUUCAACUCAUUCAAACUUGAUGAAUAUGAACACUAUGAAAAAGCAGAAAAUGGAGAUUUAAAUUGGAUAAUACCAGGCCGAUUUAUUGCCUUCUGUGGACCUCAUUCAAGAUCCAGACUUGAAAGUGGUUACUACCAACAUGCUCCUGAGUCUUACAUUGCCUAUUUUAAGAAUCACAACGUUACUACCAUUAUCCGUCUGAAUAAAAGGAUGUAUAAUGCCAAACAAUUUACGAAUGCUGGUUUCGAUCACUAUGAUCUUUUCUUUGCGGAUGGCAGCAUCCCUACUGAUGCGAUCGUCAAAGAAUUUCUGGAUAUUUGUGAAAGUGCCGAGGGUGCCAUUGCAGUGCAUUGUAAAGCUGGCCUUGGACGAACGGGCACCCUGAUAGCCUGCUACAUCAUGAAGCAUUAUAGGAUGACGGCGGCCGAGGCCAUCGCCUGGAUCCGAAUCUGCAGGCCUGGCUCCGUGAUUGGGCCGCAACAACAGUUCUUGAUGACGAAACAGUCAAGCCUUUGGUUGGAAGGAGACCAUUUCCGUCGAAAGUUAAGGGGUCAGGAGAAUAGCAGACACAAAGCCGCUGUCUCAAAGCUCCUCGUGGCUGUGGAUGACUUUUCACUCCAUGGGGCCGAGAAACACACCAAGCAAAAACCUGAACUGUACAGCGAUGACGACGAAAGCUACAGCGUGACGCAAGGAGAUAGACUCCGGGCCCUGAAAAGCAGAAGGCAGCCUAAAAAGAGCGCUGUGCCCCUCACAGUAAUUCUUCAGUCCAGUGUUCAGAGCUGUAAAACAUCUGAACCUAACGUUUCUGGCAGUGCAGGCAUUGCUAAGAGAGCCACCAGAUCUGCUUCAAGGAAAGGCAGUUUUAAAAGCCUGGUUCCUCAGAGGGAAGGAAGGAAAAGGAAUGCUUUGCAGCAAAUGCCCCCCGCGGCAUUAUGUCCCUCCAUUUCGAGGACUAAGACAGUGUUGCGUUAAGUAAAUCCUUUGACCAGAACUGGAGGAAGACUGGGGACAGCACUGCAUCAGGACUUAGCACAAUUAAUUUGGAAACUAAACAAAAUUGCAAACGCCUUAGCUGCUUUCCACCUAAGAAGCUUGUUCAGUGAAGAAACCAACCCCUGGAGUGUGGUAGCUGCACAGCGUGGGUACCAGUGGGACGCGAGGACAACCCGGCUCUCCUUUGGCAGACGCGUCCCCCGAGGAACAGCCGCUGUGCGCUCAGUCUCAGGUGUAAGCGCCAGAGCCGCGGUGGGGAGUGCGUCCCUGGGACUCCCCAGGGACAGUCUACGGAGGCCCUUCGCCAUUUAUUUUCUGUUCGCCCUGCGCCCGAGUGUACAGAGGUGGGCAGGCCUUGCCAAAACGGUACUCUGAUCUGAUUCUGUCUGGAGUGAUCCUCUUCCCUGGAAUGCUGUGUGUAAUGUUACCUGGUAAGCCCCGAGCCGCUCGGUUCCACCACAGAGUGCUUCUCCUGGAGCCUGGGAAAGGCGCCGAGGCUGCUGCGAGGCCCUCACCCCUGCAGGGCGCGCCGAGGGGAGUGGCUCCGUUGGAGGACGCUGAGUCGUGC